CCUAUGACUGUGGUUGGAACUAGUGAUAACGAGAUAUUUAAGGAGCAUUUGCAAUUUGUUUCCAUAAGUUUUACUUUCUCUCCUUUGUCUGCAUCACCCUCUGCCCUCUCCUCCCUCUUGCUGCCUCUGUCUUUCCAUCCUCCCCCCAGCAAAGUGCAUCCAAGUUUGAGAAAAACAGACAUCCAGCAGUGACCAACAGAAUCAUGAGAGAACGGACGACUGGAUAAGAGAAAACCUACAAUCAGGCAAGAUGAACACUGAAAGUGCAGAGAAGUUCAAUAAUGAAACACUAGGGGGAACCCCUAUCUUUGUACUUUUUAAUACUACCAUGGAGAAUAUUUCAAUUAAUAAUACGACCAAGAUGCCCUUGGAUUUUACAGACCCAUUACCUAUCAUCAUCUCUCUUGUGUGCAUUUUCCUACUCCUUGCCACCUGCCUAAUUUUUGUGACAUUGUGCAAACCUGCUGCCCUAGACCAGUCUUUACAUGGGCCACGGGAAUUUAUGCCAUACCAUGUGGAAGAUUCAAGUGAACCACAACUAAGACUCUGGAAGAGGUUGGGUUCUCUCAGGCAUUCAAUCAACAGCUUUAGACGCAGCAGGCCAAUCUCUCAGUGCCAAAGGACUUGCCCAAGAAUAGCUUCAACCAACCAAGACUGGUCUUUUAUGGAGUCCACCAAAAUGUGACUGAAAGUUUUUGGUGUACAAAAUUACUGCUGUAAGACAAGUCUACAAUAAGGAUUGCUGGUAUUGAAUAUCUGCAAAAUUCAAUGUCAUACACAAAAACCUGUGACUCUGAACCACUAUGUCUCAACAGUCAUGCACAAAAUUAUAUAAAUAUAUCAUUUAUUUCCAUGCUCUCCAGAUUCAGUGCUGUAAUUCUGCUAAGCCUACAAACAAGUUUACAAUGCACCUGCUGAGUUUCACUAGUUUUCCAAAAGCAAAUAGUUACUUCUUUUCAUAUAGAAACAAUAGUGUGUGAAAGAACACUUCAUUGGCAAAUUAUGUAACACAAAAAAAAACAGUCAUCUACAUUUCUCUCUAAUUGCAGAUAAUGAAAAUGAAUAUUAACUGGAAGGAAAAGUACAUGGUUUUUAAAUAAUUUCGGCAGGGAAGGGCAACCAUCAGCACUUCGGAGGUUAAGCUACAGUUCCAUGAUUCAGUGUUGGAAGUUUAGUUCAUCGACAGCUGAAUUGGUGAAGGGAAUUGCUGACUUGCCUGCCCUUUCCUGGAUUUUGGGGAUGUCAUAAAAGAAAUGUUGUAUAUUUUUAAUUUCAGCAGAAAAACACUAAUAAAUGGGAUGCAUGCAUGAUUUAAGCCUAUCUGAAUGAAUAAUUUUCGUGUUUGUUUUUCAGCAAUUUUAUUAUGUUAUUUUUGUUUGUUCGGUACAUUUUCACAUAUUUGUAGAAUUUGUGUUCUAUUUAAAUGUUUUGCUCUUAUAUUCUUUUUUAAAUGGAAAUAUGAAAAGUAUUUUGAACUUUUCUUUUUAAAUUAAAUUAUUGAAAUUGCUCAUUUUGCCAGAACGUUGUCAGUAUGAUGUAUUGCAUUUGCACUUGAUUACUAACAGCAAUCAUGAUAUCUCUUGCAAGUGAAGCAAUAAAAUGUAAUGACUAGUGAGUAAUAAUAGCAACAAAAAAAAAAACCCUAUGGAGUUUAUGUAUCGAGCAGUGAAAAUAGUGGAGAACUGGACCAGUGGAGAAGUUGCCCAUAGCAACCAAUUAGCUUUGAGGUAACAUUUAUCAAGUACACUCUAUAAAAUGGUAGGCAGUUGCCGAUUGGUUGCUAUGGGCAAUUUCUCCACUGGUCCAAUUCAAUAAUCUCUACUCUUUUCACUGCUUGAGACAUCAACCUCUUUGUGUUAUGAGACUGUGUAUGAAUGUUACAUUUUGUAAGACUGUAAUAUAAUCUUGCAAACUGUAUGAAGUUAAUGGCUACAUAAAGCUGCAGUUUGUACAUGUGCUAAGAGAAAAAAAUAGCACAAGUUGAAACUGCAACAUUAAUCUUGUUUUGAUGUAGUGUACUUAUGAUACUGUUUUUUUAAAUAUAUUUUUUAUCAUGAAAUAAACUGAAAAAUAUUUUCCCUGGAUUGUCAAAACAA